CGAGUUCUCCACCAAUCAAAUGGAUAGGAUCGUGUUUACUGUAUGCUGUCGGCUCAGUCUGUAAGCGAGUGUGGUUUGUGUGUCAGAGCGGGCCGGUGUGAGCGGACGGAGAGAACAUGAAUGUGCCUGUGAGAACAGAUUUGGCAGUUGACAAAAUGAAAAAGAAAAAAAAAAGAGAACUAACUGAAGAACAGAAGCAAGAGAUUAAAGAUGCAUUUGAUCUGUUUGAUACAGACAAAGACAAAGCAAUAGAUUAUCAUGAAUUAAAGGUGGCAAUGCGAGCUUUGGGGUUUGACGUGAAGAAAGCAGAUGUUCUAAGAAUCCUAAAGGAUUACGACGGUGAAGCAACAGGGAAAAUUACUUUUGAUGACUUUAAUGAAGUUGUUACAGAUUUAAUACUGGAGCGUGAUCCCCAAGAAGAGAUGCUGAAAGCUUUUAAACUGUUUGACGAUGAUGACUCAGGAAAAAUUAACUUGAGGAAUCUACGUCGGGUUUCCCGGGAACUUGGAGAAAACAUGACGGAUGAAGAGCUGCGGGCUAUGAUUGAUGAAUUUGACAAGGAUGGUGAUGGAGAAAUAAAUAUAGAAGAAUUCAUUUCCAUAAUGACUGGCGACAUUUAACGCAAAGCUGAAGAUCCGGUUCUCUACACGUUAUAACUUGCCAGCAGCAGGAAUCAUUGUGAACACUUUCAUUACGGACCAACUCUGAUGCGGAAGUCAGUAUUUUGUAGCAUAUUUAUGUUCUGGUGGAAUUCUUCUCAAUUUUGAGUAUAGUUCUAUUUGUAAAAUAGUUUUUUUUUUUUUUUUUUUAUGCAGCUGUAAUUAAAUUGCACAAUACUUUGUAAA